GGUGUAUAAAUGAUAUUCAAAAGGCAGCUUCUGGUUUGGUAAAGACAAAGCGUAUCCAAAUCUUGAUCUAACAUAGAUCGUAGAUCCUUGUUGCAAAGAGCGAACGAGUGAAAGAGUUACUGAUGGAAAGCUAUAUGAAUGAUAAGAUCAAUUUUACCAUGCGUGUGAUCUGCCAUGGUCGAAUUGACACGACUGUUAUGUCUGAUCUAUUUUACUUGGAUCAAAGCGACAAGACCCAAGAGUCCAAAGUGAAUCCUAAAGAUGUAUUGAAAUCAAUCGAUAUAAUAUCAGCAACACGAUCUAAUCAUGCGCAAUAUAUUACAACACUUAAUCUGCAUUUGCAUUCACCGCUUUCUAGUCUUCAACUUCGAAAGUUAUUCUUCUUUCAGUCAAAGCAUCCUAUCAUAGGAGAAUCUGCAUAUACCAAACUAUUACACGUCAACAAGGAUAAAGGCCUAUACGCUUCACUCAUGCAUGUGAGCUUCCUUCAUCCCAUCAAAGGUACUCGAGUACAGGUCACUGGUAAUGAACCUCAAAAGUUCGCAGUGAUGCGUGAAAGAGAAUACAAAUUUUAUCAGAAAAAGAUUGAAAGAGAAAACGAAGCGAUGAGAAAGGCAGGGGUAGACGCAUCUGAGCAAAUAGAACGAGAAAAUGGCCAGUUGUUGGCUUAUGUAUUGGGACAAAAGGAUUUUUUCAAUUUGACAUUCAAAGUAACAAAGGAUUGCUUAAUCCCAAGGCCUGCUUCUGAAACGCUUGUCAAAGCUGCUAUAGAUUUUAUUAAGGAUAGAAAAGAUACACGACUAAUUGAUAUCGGAACAGGAUGUGGUAAUUUAGUCAUAUCCAUCAUGGCAAAUCUCCCUUCUUCUGCUAUAACUUCGGCUGCCGCUAUAGACAUUAGUGAAGCAGCACUUGCUGUUGCAAAAGAAAACGGUGAAGCAAUACUAGGAAAAGACAAGAGUAAAAGGAUUGAGUGGCGUAAUCAAUCCAUGUCUGAUGUAGCAGAUGGAAAAGUGUAUGAUAUCUUGGUGUGCAAUCCUCCUUAUCUCGACUAUAAUCAGAUUAGCAAACGAAAAGUUCAAAUGGCAGACCUUGGUCAAGAACCACAUAUUGCCUUAUUUGCUGAGGACGGUGGAUUCAAGUGGUACAGUGUGCUAAGUGAAAUAGCACCCAACAUUGUGAAAGAUGAAGGAAGAGUUAUAUUAGAAUGUGGAAAAGGUAUUCUUCAGCAAGUAUUAGACAUAUGGACUGGUUGGGAGCAAGAAGCGAUAUAUAAAGACGUUCAGGGGUGGGAUAGAUGCAUUGUAUUAAAGAGAACGACAUAAUCUAUGUGAAAAAUAUUUAUUUAUAUAUAUAAUAUACUACUCUGUAUGAGUUGCUCCAGGCACCAAAGGAUACAGGUCUUUAUCAUCGUUUUUUAUAUGCUGCUUGUUCUUUUGUUCGGAUAGAGUCGUUAGAAAAUUGGUAAUGAAUAUCUUUUCAUGAAUCAAUCUCUGAAUCUGAUUA